AUGCCUCCUCCCCCCAUGGGCUACUCUCCUCCGAUCCGGCCUGAGCAGCUGUGCUCCCUCGGCUCGUUCCUCUUUGGUUAUGACUCGGGCGUCAUCUCAUCCAGCAUCAGCCAGGAUGCUUUUCUACGUCAGUUCGGCUCGCCGGCCCUAUCGGACGCGGCCACCGGGGGCAUAAUUUCUUCUUAUACCGGUAACCUCAUUGUGUAUCCAAGAAAAGGAAAAAGUCUAAGAUCCACUCUAGGAGGUGCCAUCGCUGGCUCGGUGCUCGCGCCUUACAUCUCGGACUUUUACGGACGCCGGAUGGUGAUCUUUGUCGGCGGGUUUUUAGCCGGUCUCGGGGCCGCGCUCCAGGGAGGUGCGGUUACUCUCGCGAUGUUAGUUGCUGGCCGAUACAUCGCUGGGUUCGCCAUUGGUCUCAUGUCUGCCACUAUUCCCGUCUAUUGUAGCGAGGUUGCGCCGCCCCGAAUCCGCGGGUUACUCGCCAGUAUGCAGCAAUGGAUGAUUGGCCUCGGUAUCAUGGUCGCACAAUGGACCGGAUACGGGUGUUCGCUCCAUCACAGCAAUUUCUCCUGGCGCUUCCCGCUGUGCUUUCAAGUGGUGCCAGCAGUCAUUCUCACCUGCGGAGUGUGGUUCCUCCCCGAAUCGCCGCGCUGGCUCAUCGAAAAGGGCAAAGACAGUGCAGGUCGCGCUGUGCUGAGCCGACUCCAUCUCAACCGACGGGCAAGCAAUAACGUGCUGGUCGAGCACGAACUCGCCCAGAUCCACGAGAGCCUGCUGGACGAGCAGCGAGCAGUCGUCCGAUCCUGGCGACAGCUCUUCCUUACGGCGCGCUGGCGCCGCCGGAUCCUGUUGGCGUGCGGACUGCAAGCCUUCACGCAGACCUCUGGCACGAACGUGAUUCAGAACUACGGACCUCGACUAUACAAGUCACUGGGCCUCUCAACAUCGACAUCGCUAAUGAUCAUCGGGGUAUGGGGCGCACUCGCCCAGCUCUGGAACACGGUAUUCAUGGCCUUCAUCGACAACGUCGGGCGUCGCAAGCUGCUUAUCCCGUCGCUGGCCGGCAUGGGGGCAGCCAUGUGCGUGGAAGCCACGCUGGCGCACUACGUCGACUUCAGCAGUCCAAGCGCAAACGAAGACGCCUUGCGUGCGGCGAUCGCUAUGUUUUUCGUCUUCUCGCUUUUCUACACCGCGCUCGGCAUGAUCUCCUGGAUCUACCCGUCCGAGAUCUUCCCGACUGCCAUCCGUGCCCGCGGUUCCUCCAUCGCCACCGCGACUAAUUGGUCUCUCAACCUCAUCUUCGCGCAGUGCUCGCCUAUCGCUUUGACGUCCUUGGGAUCGAAGUACUUCUACUGCUUUGUGGCCUUCAAUUGGAUGGCCGCCGUGCUUGUGUGGGCUUUCUAUCCCGAGACGGCUGAUUGCUCCCUCGAAGAAGUGGAGGAAGUAUUCCGAGAAAGGAAGCCUGUGCCCGAACCUGAUGCUGAUGCUGCUGCAUCUAGCACAGAAGUGGAGUCUACUCUCUCGCACGUUUGCCUCAUGGGUCCGGGUCCACUGUCUGUGCAUCCCAGUCAUAGCUGGGGCAGUCACAGCCCAUCUCCGUGCAAAGAGGCGGUUUCAAAUGUAUAG